UAACAACCGAGAUUAGUCACCUGCUCCAAAAAAAUACUAAAAAUCUGAAUUCCAUUAAUUCUUCUUGCAUAAUCAAAUUUAAUUCGGUCUAUUCCCUCCGGAUCGAAUAUACAGAAUUUUCAGAAAAUCAGAACCAAACCGAACUGAAUUUGCACCAUUCGGUUCAGUUUUGCUCGCUAUUCGUUAACGGAUUGCUUGCGGUGCUUGUUUUACCCAAGGUGGACCUUCACUGAGGAAAGCGGUGUGUCGCAAAUUGCAAUAAGCAAGCAGCCGGCAAAAGAUAUUACCAAUCGAUAUUAAUUGAUGGGCGAUAGAGAUAUAUACAUCAAUCAGUCGGAGUCAGAGUCAGAGGCUGAUGCUAAAAUACCCGUUGACUAUUUCGUCACCAAGGAUAACAUCAAUAACAAGAACAAGGGUUUGGAUGCUAAACGCCAGCUACGAUUCGUUGAUUCUUCCGGUAAUAUAGUUUAUACUGUCAACAAAACGUCGUCGUCGGCUUCGCCUGGUUCUGUUAAAACCCGGUUACUUCUCGAUGCUUCUGGCAAUCUCCUCAUCUCCCUCCGACGUAUUAAUAGUGGAUCUUGGCAGGGUUUUAUGAGGGAUGCUAAUGGAGAGGAGGACUUGAUUUUCAGAUCAGAAAGAAUUCAGGAUACAUUUAAUAAGACAGAGUUUGACCUAUUUUUAGUUCAUGAGAACUGUGAACAGUCAAGGCCCGACCUCAAGAUUAAAGGCCGCCCGUUCUAUCGAGCAUGCACCAUUUACAAGGGCAAUUCCAUAGUUGCGCAGACCAGCCUUAUGCACAAGCUCUGGGACGCAUAUGUUCCUAGGAAUAAAUUCCGCCUGACAAUAUUUCCUGGAUUAGUUAAUCGCGCUUUGGUUGUGGCUUUGAUUGUAAUAUAUUUCGAUGGACGCAAGAUUUGGUUAUGAUAACGGCGGUCUUAACCAAGUGAUUUCCAACAGAGCCCAGUGACAGCACAUUGAUUCGACUUUUAGGUUAGCCGAAGUUUUGUUUUGUUUUUGAUGUAAUGGGGACUGGGGUAGCAGAAGCCUAAUUGUUCUAAUAUGUUAAAUAUUCGAUGUAGUUGGCGAAAUAAUAGCUACUGUCUUCUAGUCUGGCUCCAACUUGCUCACAAUUCACAAUUCAGAGACAUUUAUCAUUGUAAAGUUUCUAUUUUAAUGUAUAAAAUAUUCUUAUAAA